AUGGUAUAUCAAUCGUUGACCGAUGUUCCUCAGAACCUCAAGGAGGGCAUUGACUGGUUGAUCGCCCUGAAGGGAGAUGACCCUCAACACUUUUUGCAGGCCAUGGGUACCGCACUUCACGAGCUACUUUCAAGUUAUCCUGCUGGGUUGACCCGUUUGCCAGCUCUCGAGAAAAUCAAACCUACGACUAAAAAGUUCUUGCAGCAAAAGGAACUUCAAGACCAGCCAUUCGUCGAAAUACUCUUGGAACGUUUUCAUAAGCCUCUGAAAAGGGAUUUCACCACUGUGCCCAUGUGCGAUGGACACAUCGUGGAAAGCACAAAUACGAACGUCGUAGUUGCCAGGCGUGUCACUCCCAGAUCCAUUGCCAAGAGCAUUGGUGAAGUUGUGGAUGUUGCGGAGAAGUUCUUGGAAGGCAUCAAAGAAACUGAUGGAUACGUUUCUGUUUACGGUGAAGACGCUACGUGGAUUGACUCAUGCUUGGAAGACCCGGAAGCUUGUGCAGUGGUAUUCGUGGGAAUAGCGCCAAUGUUGUACGCAGGUCUGCGUACUUUGAGGAAGGUUAGCGCAGCAGCAGUCAAACAGGGGCCAGAUUCUGAUGCGGCUAAGCAUUUGGGGCCCAUUAUUAAAGCGCUAGGUUUUGAUGAUGGGGUAUGCCGCGAUGACCUGAGUGCUCCAGCAAUCCGCAAUGCCUUGAGAGGUAUCAAUCCACGAAUAUUGACUAUAAUCUACGACAUUGCUGGAUUCUUGGCAUUCUAUUGA